AUGGCUGCCCGUACCCUCCCGCACCGGGCCGCGGCCGCUGGGUGUGCGGGCACCGUGUGCGGCUGCCCGGCGCCCUCUAGCGGCGGCCCGGGGAGCGGCCGCCAUGUUCUCCCGCGGGGAGCGGCGGGAGGGCAGCGCCGCCCGCCAUUGGCCAGUUCAAGCCCCGCGGCCGGGCCAAUCGCGGCGGCGCCCGGCCAUUCAAACGCUCGGUGCGCGGCAGCCAUGGCAGCGCGCGCGGCUCCACAGCUCCCGGCCAGCCGCAGGUCCGAGCCAGCAUUCCGCGAACAAAGACGACAAAAAGUCGAAGAAUAUCUAUCAAGAAAGAAGACUUUUUCGGCUGUGCCCAUUCAAGGAGACCAGACGUCGAUCAGUAGCAGAACUAGGAGAGCGACUACCAGUAAACUGCAAAACAAGUUACAGCGCUCAACAUCUCCCAAGCCAGAAAUGGAAAAUAAAGAGGAUGCUGAUAAAGUGUCAUGGGACCAAUCAAUUGUAAACUCAGAAGCAAAUGUUACUUUAAACUCUCCUACAAUCUCACUGACAAGUUACAUAUCAGGGUCAAACUAUAAUCUUGAAAAUCAAGCUCCAAAUAAUAAAGUCAUUGGUUUAAAACCUCAGCAUGUAUCACUUAGCAAGGCCAUCUUGGAAUUAAAAAGAAUUAAAGAGAAGCAUUUGACAGCAGAAAAACAAAAUUCAAGUAUCAUUGUACCAAAGAAACCAGCUCUUGGCAGAUAUCGUGGCAAGGUUAUUCAAUCCAAGAUAAAUUCUUUCUGGAAAGCAGUUAAAACAGAGGAGGAGAAGAAUUCGUUGACAGAGAAGAAGACUUUUCCUUCUGCCACCAAACAAGCAGCAAAUUCUUUGUCCACGAAAAGCUGUAAUGCUGUUCUGAAGACCAUCAAAGUUGCAAACAACCCUAAGUCUGUGAAAUCAAAUGGUGUCCUGCCAUUUCCCAGCAAACCAUCUGACAAAGCUGUUACUAUCUCCCAGUCUGGGCUGAAGAAACAGCUGACAUUUGCUGUGCCACCAAAGAAAGCAACAGUCCCAAAAGUGAUUGGUGGAAGGGGACCACAGCCACUGAAGGUUUCGAGUAAAGUGCGAGGUGUAAAGAAAUGUGCGGAUUUUUGUGAAGAUGCACGACCAGAAGCUCCAGCAAAACCAACUUCUGUUGCUCCUGGUACAAAAUCUGCACAGAAUUCUAAAACAGAUGGCAACAGAAAAUCUAUUCUGCCAAAAGAGUCAGCAGAAGAGAGACGAGCUCGCCUAGAUGAAUGGAGGGCAUCUAGAGGAAAAGUGAUGAGACGACCUCCUAUACAUGCACUUCUGGGACCCCAGUCUAAAAGUGAUGAAGAGUUCUCUGCUGCUGAUACAGAAAAGGUUAACAAGACUCUGAGUGAAUGCCUGCAGUUAACAGAACAGGAACAUCAAGGGGAUGAAGUCCAGGUCAUGUUGGAAGAUCUGAUACACAGCGUUCCUGGGGUUAAAAAGCUUGCAAAAUACUGGAUCUGCUGUAUGCGUCUUGAACAUAGGGGCCAUCUUGAAAAGCUUAUUGCUGUCUAUGAGAAGGCCAUUUUGGCAGGAGCAAUGCCCAGAGAGGAAUUGCGAGACACACUAAUAGAUAUAAUCAAAAAUACUGAAGGGCUUUUUAACUCUGAUAAUGGGGGAACUGUGAUAGAAGCUCAUUUAAGUGAAGUAGUGGAAGUUAGCAAGGAACCAAAUUUGUCUGUAGAGCAAACUCAGGAAACCUUUAAAGAUCUCUGCCCUGAUGAUGACCAAAAAGAAGAGAGUGAUAAUAAGAAGGCAGAGACAAGCAGUGAAGUUAUCAAAAAAGAAGAAAUUGAUUUAGACUUAAAACCAAAAGGAGAGAUCUUGCCAAAAAAGAAUAAAAAGCACAAGGCGAAAGAACGGGCAAAAAAGAGAGGAAAAUGCGAAAAAGAACAGAACGAAGAUGGGAUAAAAAAUACAUCCCAAGCAAUUAAUUCUCCUGAGAAGGAGAAUGACACAUCUUACUCAAUGAGAUGCAACCCUCCUACCACACCAUAUUUGGACAGUGUGAAGAUGCAUCCUGAGGCAAAUGACUGCAGUGCUAAAGACCUGAAAAUUGUAACUCCUUUGCGAUAUUCUCAACGCAUUCGGGAGAAGAUGUGCAAGCUGCCUGAUGCUGUUAAAGAGCAAGAUCCAUGUGUCUCUUCACUUGAGCAGCUGGGAGACUUGGAAUCAAAAGUCACUGUGUUGAUCCACAGGCAGAGCAGUGCUCUCCAAGAAACAAGUUCUGACACGGAAGAGUAAAAGUAGUGCUACUGCUGGGGGGGGUGUUAAAGAUUUGAUACUUUUUAGGGAGAAUUGAAGGGUACUUGUUUUAUGCAGCUUUGAGAAAGGAGCUGUCUAAAAUUUUUGUGGACUGCCUGAGUCACUAAAUAAACUUCUAAAGUUUCUGCCUUUUCAAAAUUGUAACAAAUCUGCCCUGGUUUUAAGGACUAGACUAAGCACUGUUGUCUUUAUGUUGACUAUUUCAUUAAUUUUUCAGUUGAGGACCAGGUAUAACACUUUAUGUUAGUAUUUGAUAGUAGUAUAUUGCUAAUACCUACUGUUUUCUUGUUGCAAUUUCUAUUAAUUCCUGAGAAACACACAAUCUUUCAGCUUAAUAAAACAAAGUAAUGUAGGCGUUUCAGUAAUGCAAUGUCUACUCUGACAAGAUUUAGCUUUGAAAACUGAAGCCAGCUAAUAAGGUAUGUGCUGAAUUUAAACUGCUGUAUCUACUUUUAGGGCUGCUUCAACAAGACAGAGUGUAAUGUCUAUAGUUACUGAGAUUUGUUCAUUAUCAAGUAAUCCUAGAUGAGGUCUGAUACACUACUUACUAUGUGACAGUUUUUAUGCUGGUUUGUAUUAGUCUGUACUAUGGUAUACUUAUUAAACUCAUCAGUUU